AUGUUCUACAUACAUCAUCGAUCUCAUUACAUUACUAUUCCAAACAAACACAGAUGGUUUCCAUGGCGAUUGCUUCCAUGUGGGCUUCCAUGGCUGCCUGGUUUACACCCACUGUUCUUUUCUGUGCUGCAAAUCUCAUCAUCGCCACCAUCUUCAUAGCUUCAAACAACAACACCACCAACAACAACCAUUAUUCUCACGAACAUCAUACUCCACCCACUCGAAUCUCUAGAGUUUCUUCCUUCCUCGAUCGAGCCAGAUCCUUCAAGCUCCCAUCCUACUCCGUAGCAGAAUCUCAAUACCUGUAUCCGUCUCAAUCUGAAUCUGAAUCCAAAACGGCGACGUACAGUUCAACCAGUCGACUCGCUCAGUCAAUCCAUGCUAAUCCAGUUCCACCAGAGAUAACUCACGCCCACGAGUUAUACCCAUCGGAACCGGAAACACAAGCUCUGAGUCAACCCACCCACUAUCCUUCUUUCUUUGAACGAGUUAAAUCCAUAAAACUCACCUCCGACUCACCUGGUCAACUCGGCCGAUCUCCUUCGUUCCUAGACCGAGUCAGAUCGUUCAAACUCUCUUUCCAACCACCGGAGACUGUGGAUACGGAUACGGAUCCGGGUCAUAACCCGGAGCAGCAUCACGUGAUCCGAAGCAAGUCCGAGAAGACAACGGUUAAGAAGAAGAAGAAGAAGUUAUCUGGGGAGAUGAAGAAGUCACGCAGCGAGAUGAGAAUGGCGGCCAACGACGAAGAAGACGACGGUGAGGAUGUUGACUUGCGGCGGCCGGCGACGGCGAGGGUGAGGGGGAGUAAUGAUGUGGAUGAAGAAGUGGAUGCAAAAGCUGAUGAUUUCAUUAGCAGGUUUAAGCAGCAGCUGAAGUUACAACGGCUUGAGUCGAUGGUGAGGUACAACCAGAGGCUGCAGAACCGAAGUAGUUAAGAAGAAUAUAGUGUGAUGUUCGGUGGUUAAACUCGCCGGAGAAGGUGGUGGGAGUGUUGGUGUUUGUCGUUUAGUGUAUCUACUGUCAUAUUCACGUGUUUUUACUAGGACUAGUGGCCUCCCUACUCUUCGGUCUUUCCAUAAAAGUUAAAGGUGGUUAUGUAUAUUUUUUUAAAUACUUUAUGUAAGAUUAAAUACUUAUAUUA